AACUUCAUUAUUUAAAUCUAGAAGUUAAUACUGGAAAGACAGUUAAUACUAAAGAAAAUAUAAAUAUCAGGUGCAGAAUAAAUAGCUCUGAAGAUCAUACUUGGCAUACCUCACACGGUCAGAUAAACUUAAUAGUUGACUUAAUACAUAACUUUUAUAUAUCUUGGGGUAAAAGGCAAGACGAUUUAGAAUUAAAUUUUGAAAAACUACAAAAAGAACAUAAGCACUUAGAAGAGAAUAUUUUAGUCUUGAAUAAUAAAUUAGAAUUAAUCUUGUAGCCUUGAAUAAUAAAUUAGAAUUAAUCUUGCAAGCAGCAGAAGAAUGUAGAAAUUCACUAGGAAGAAUCAUCCAAAAUAGUGAUUAUAUUAAAAAGGAUAUAACCCACCUAUAUAAGAAAUUUGAUAAUACUAAUAUUGAGCAUAACAAAGAAAUUGUUCUAUCAUCAACAAGAUUAGUUGAGUUUAAUAGAUCAUUAAACUCUGAAAAAUGGAAAUAUCUGAAAGUCUCUCUAGAAGAGAUAAGUCACUCCAGCUAGUAAAUAGAGACAUAAAGCCUUUAAGCUUUAUGGAUAAAUUGAAAGGAGGAUGUGAUGAUAUUGAAAACUUAGAAGAAAUGAUAGAUGUAGAAAGGGAUCUUGAAAGAUAUCAAAGAGAUACCUUAAGAAAGAUAAGACCUCAGCAAAUAUAUCAAAUGAGCUAGUUUGAAAAUAAAAAUGGACUAUACAAAAUAUCUAGAGAAGUAGAAUUAAGUGUUCUAACAGAACCAGUUCAACUAAGAAUUGUUAGUAAACAAUUUGAGAACGGGCUAAAAUAUUCAUGCUACAAAUAUAUUCAUCAGGGAAUGUAUAUCAUAGGAAUUAAAGGAAUGACUAGGAAGAAAUUAGGAACCAAAGUUCUAAUAACCCUGUUAGAUAAAAGAUGGGAUUCAGUGAAUAAAGCAGCAUUAGGUUUCUUAGAAGGAGAUAUGAAUGAAAAUAUGUUAAUAAUAUACAUAGCUCCAGAUUUAAUAAUGCCAAUAAAAAAAUUUAUAGAUAAAAUGGCAAUUGGUUUUCAAACAAAGGCUAUGAAGACUUUAAAGGUACAAAUUUAUUAGUAAGUAUAGAAUUUGUAGGAAGGUUAACUAAUAGAAGUGCAACUAAAUACAAGGUAAAUGUAAACAAUGUAAUAGAAAGUAUGUAGUUUAAGGGAAUAAAAUUCAUGAGUCCCUUAAAAAUUAGUUCUGAAGAAAGAGCAGGUGAAGAAUGGAAUAUAAGUGCUUUAAGAGAACCAAAGAUUUUAAAACAACCUAAAGAUUAUGUAAGCUAUGAAAAUAGUAAAGGCAAAACUAGUAUCAGAUUUGUUAAUUAUAAAGAAAGAAGUUUAGAUGAUUUAGAAGUUUCAACUUCUGAUUCAAAUAUAGAAGAAGCUAGAAGACAUAGCGUAUGUGAAUUUAUGGAAAAAUUAGAUAUUGAUAAUGAAAUGAAACACUAUGAGAAAAAAUUAAGUAAGGUUUAAGAUGAAUAUAAUACCUCUAUGAUAUGUGAAUGGUCUACUGUUAGAGAAAAAGAGAUCUAUUUCAGACAAGAAUUAUAUAGACUUAAUAAAAUUAAGAAAAAAAGAGAGCUAAAUAAUAAAAGGGUUAACAUGCCAAUAAUGAAUCAUGAAACUAUUUUGAAACAUAUAAGUGAUAAAGAUAGUAGAAUUCAGAAAGAAUUAGAGAAUAAUAAAGAAAGGGUAAAGGAAGAAGAAGAGGUUGUUAUAAGUGAAGAGGAUCAAUGGGAGAUCAAUAAUAAAAUUUUAUUAAAAAGUUAUGAAGAAGAGGAUGAAGAUAUAAUUGAAAUACAUAGUAGUAAGUCAGAAUCUCAUAUCCAUUCUUUAGGAAAUGAAGAAUUAUGCAAAAAAGAUACUGCUAUAGAAGCCAUGGAUAUAGAUCCUAGUCCAUCUAAAAGAAGACGAGAACAAGAGAGAGAUAUAAAAAUUGAAGGAGAAAGGGAUAGAUCAUCUAGAAAACCAGGAAAUUGGCCACCAGAAAAGGAAGAACCUACAUAUAACUAUAUACCUGGACAAUAUAAGCAUAUGGGUUCAAAAAGGAGAGAAUUUGAAAGGACUAUGCAAUUUCAGAAUUAUAGAAGUGAUGGUGCAAUAUUAAAUUUAGCAGCCCAUGAUCCUAUAGAUUGGCCAAAUAUUAUAAGCAUAUGGAAAAGCUUAAUAGUCCAAAAAUAUGUACAAAAUCAGCAUAAUAUUGGAAGUAGAGUAGAAGAUAUGAUUACAUAUUUAGAAACAUUCUUAGGAGAAUCAAUUAAAGUUCUAUGGGAACAAUGGGUAGAAACUUAUCCUCAUUAUUAUGAAGAAUUAAAAAGAGCUGGCAACAACCCUUAUAAUUUUGCAAAUGUCAUAUCAAGCAUUGUCAUAGAUGAAGAUCCAGAGUUAGGUUAUACUACAUUACAAAAUGAAAGAUUGAAGGAAAUAAAGAAGUUGACUUUAACAAAUUGGAAAGGAAUAAAAGAGUUCUCUCAGCAUUAUUUGUAUAAUACCACAACUGCUAAGCAAGGCUAUAAUAAGAGUAUAGUUGAAAGGUAUUUUAAUAAAUUGCCAGAUCCUUUAGGAUCUAUGAUAUUUGAAGAAUAUAAAAAGGAGUCUAAUGGAAAGGAAUAUAAUAUUUCUCAGGUUAUAACAUUUGUUUUUAAGCAACUAAGAAAGAUAUGCACAAGCAUACAAGCUCAAAGGUCAAUGAAGCAAUCAGACUAUAAUUUUUGUAAUAAAAUAGUUCAAAUACCAUUGACAUAUGGAGAAGAGAAAUGUAGAAAUAAGAAAUACCCUAAAAAUUAUAAAAAGGGAAAUGUAAAGAUAAAGAAAAGAUAUUUUCUAAGCAGAUUAGAUAAUAGAGCUUCUUUCCUUCACAAGAGAAAUGUAAGAAGAUAUAAUCCUAGAAAAAAUUAUGAUAGUACAUGUAGGUGCUUUAUUUGCAAUUUUCCAGAUCAUUUAAGUAAAACUUGUCCUAAUAAAGAUAGGAAGAGAUAUUCUAACAAACAAGAAGAGCAAGAAAAGGUGUUGAUUAUAGAUAGUGUUAAUGAAAAUAUUUUGGUAUGUGAUGAAGAUAUAAUGGAUGAUGAAUCGAUAUAUUCAAUAAUAGAAAUAGAUGAAAUUUAAUAUAAUGAAGAAGAUGAAUCGAGUGACGAAGAAUUAAAUUUGAUUAAGGAACUAGCAGGAUUAAAGAUAGAAAUGAUGGAUCAAAUAAUUCGGGAUCAUAAAAGAGAUGACUUUAAUAUAAAAUAUAUAUUUUGUAUAUAUUAUCAAGAUCUAGCAAAAAGGGCUACUUGUAGUUUAUGUAUAAAACAGGCAUGUAUGUCAUGCUUAGAACAACAAAAUGACAAGAGAGUAGUCAAUACAAAAUAUGAGGAAAAUAAGAUUAGUCCAAAGGAGGACUCUUCAAAUGAUAAAAGAGAGAAUAAAUAUUUAGUCAAUACUCCACAAGAGUUUCUUAUCCCAAGGAUAAGUUUUAAGACUGAACAAGUAUUGGCAUAUUUUACACAAGAUAUUAUAGAUCUAAUAUGGAAGAAAUAUGCUGAAAGGCAGAACAAAAUAUUUCAUGAUAUACAAAAUUACUUCAUGAGGCUAUAUCAAGGAAUAGAAAGGAAUUUGGGAAUAAUAGUUAAUACAAAUACCUUUCCUUUACUUCAUCUUGAUGAUAAAUUAAUUGUUAAGCCUCAUCAUUAAUUUAUAAUACUUAAGGCUGAUAUAAACCUAAAAUAUUUUAGAAAUAUACAAAGGCAUACAGGAGAAGAUAUCUCAUUACAAACUAUUAUUGACCAUGGGUUAGUCCGAGAUAUAUAUGGAACAUUGGAAGAAAUACUUCAAUCUAAUUUAGGAAAGGCUAUUAAAGAAGCAUGUAAAAGAUUGGCGUGUGUUCAAGGAAGAUAUAAAAUAAAAUACUAUUCUAAUCCACCAAAAUUUACACUACCAUUGAGACCAGCAAGUCAUGAUAUAUAUAUUAUAAAAGGUUCAUAUAAAUUCCCUACGAUAUGGUCGUCAGAAACAUGGCAAAAUUAUGAAGAAAUACGUGCUAAAAAUAAUCAUGAUAAUUGGAGAAUCAUCAGUGAAGCAAAAGAAAUAGAAGGAAAUACUAAAUUUGAUCCUGAAUACCAUAUGAUGUAUCAAAACAAAAUAACAAAGAUAUUUCUAUGAUAAUAUUAUGGAAAGAAUAGUAUAAUAUCAAAAGAAGUAGGAAGGCUACUUAAGCCAAAUUAUGGAAUCGAAUGCCAGUUAAGAAAGGAAUAUCGUGAGUUGCUGUCAUGGUAUGAACCGUGGCAACCAGAGGAACCUGAUAUUGAAGAAGAAGAAUAGAAAUACAGCUAGCAUAAAAGAAUAUUUUGUUUCACAGGAGAAUAAGUUCCCUAUGUUGUUAAAGUGUUAACCAAAUUCGGCCGGGGGAAGAAAAAGGAAUAAUACUGCAUGCCAUGAUGUUGUGAUUGAAGUCUGCGACGUCAAUCAUUCGGGCGUGGAAGACCAUACCAAGCAGCAUCCAGAAUAUCGUGACAAUACAGUGUGCGAUAGAGGACAAGGCAAAAGGAAUAAAUAACGACUCUACUGUAGCCAGGACAAUUAUUGAGGAGCGGAGAGCCGUCCAGGUGUCCAGGAAACAGAAGAGGAGAAUAGUUGAAGGCACCAGACGUCUUAAGCAUGAAGCAACUCCAGAAGCCUCUGCCGUGACUAUAAAAGGAGCUGCCAAGUGAAGCAUUCAGCAUCACCACAUCAACCACCAUAUCGAGCACCGAAGCACCGAAGAAGCAAGAUCAAUGAAGACCUCCACCCACACUCCACUCAUACUCCAUGAAGACAUCCACCACCUCGGAAGUGCUCUGAGGAAAUAUUAGCCACCAUAUUUAGAAUCAUCCACUACCGUUGUAUUACUCCACCACCUCUGUACUACUACUAGAAUAAAGGGAGGCCGUCGAAGCUCAUCCCUCGGUUUGUAAGCAGGAUGUGGAGUUUCUGUGCACCUGGAGGCUGCGAUUGAUGUGGAGUUGCUGUGCACCUAAACACUAUAGUUCAAGUCAAGUUACUGUGCACAUUGAGGCAGGACUAGUAUGUGCAGUUGUCCUGCACCUAUAUAUUACUAUUCUUAUGGUAUUGCUACCCAGAUUAUGUGUUUUGCUGCCCGGUGCUACUGUCAUGGUUUUUAUGUAUUUGGACCUACUAUAUUAUCAGGAUGGGUACCUUCUCUAUAAAUUGAUUUGUGUC